UCCAGUAGUUUAGUUUGUGGAAAAGAGGGCACCCAGCACUGUCCCCUCCCCCUUUCAUUCACCCCAGUAAUCCUCGCCAGACAGGAGCCCUAGAUUUAAUUCAUGGGAAGAGCUUUGUAACCGUGUUUACUAAGUAAACAGGGCUGGCAGGCUCAGGCUGGGGUCUGCAGUUCAGCACUGAUGGGCCGCUGACAUGAAUUUGGAAGGAAGAAAGGGUUUCCCUAACAAAGGCCCAGGAGCAAGAAACAUGCCAUAGCCCUAAGGAAAAGUUUAUUUGGGGAUUUCAUGUCUUUCAUCUCAUUCAGUCUUCAUAAGAAACCAUUGAGGGGCCCAAGGUAAAUAAGCUGAAGGCACAGCUGCCUUGAUGGUAACUCCUUGAGAAGGAAGUUUGAACGAGGUCCAGAUUACAUUCAGACAUCCAUUCAACAAAGGCUACUCCUUCCAGGUUGAGGGUCCUAAGGAAUGGCUAACUGUGUUUCCAUGCAUAGUAUUGUAUGUAGGUACAUGUGACAGUACCUGUGUUUCAUCAGUAAAUAUUCCAUUCCUGGGUUCUCAAAGUAGUGUGGGCCAUGAAGACAGGCCAUUUCCUCUGGGCUUUACUGUUCAUGCAGUCCUUGUGGCUUCUGCCAACUGAUGGAGCCAUUCGAAACUACUACCUGGGCAUCCAGGAUGUGCAGUGGAACUAUGCUCCCAAAGGAAGAAAUGUCAUCACAAACCAGUCUCUGAACAAUGACAUAGUGGCUUCCAGCUUCCUAAAGUCUGGCAAAAACAGGAUAGGGAGUAGUUACAAGAAGACUGUCUAUAAGGAAUACAGUGAUGGAACAUACACUGACGAAGUGGCCAAGCCUGCCUGGCUGGGGUUCCUAGGACCACUGAUCCAGGCUGAGGUGGGGGAUGUCAUCCUUAUCCACCUGAAGAAUUUUGCAAGUCGGCCUUAUACUAUUCACCCUCAUGGAGUUUUCUAUGAGAAGGACUCAGAAGGCUCACUGUACCCAGAUGGUUCUUCUGGGUACCUGAAAGCUGAUGAUUCUGUUCCCCCCGGAGGCAGCCAUGUCUACAACUGGACUAUUCCAGAAGGCCAUGCACCCACUGGUGCAGACCCAGCAUGCCUCACUUGGAUUUACCAUUCUCAUGUAGAUGCUCCACGAGAUAUUGCAACUGGUCUCAUUGGACCCCUUAUCACCUGUAAAAGAGGGACCCUGGAUGAUAACUCCCCACCUCAGAGGAAGGAUGUGGACCAUAAUUUCUUCCUCCUCUUCAGUGUGAUAGAUGAGAACCUUAGCUGGCACCUGGAUGACAACAUUGCUACGUACUGCUCAGACCCAGCCUCAGUGGACAAAGAAGAUGAAGACUUUGAAGACAGCAACAGGAUGCAUGCAAUCAAUGGGUUUGUCUUUGGGAACUUACCUGAGCUGAGCAUGUGUGCACAGAAGCAUGUAGCCUGGCACUUGUUUGGCAUGGGCAAUGAAAUAGACGUCCACACAGUUUUCUUCCAUGGACAGAUGUUGACUACCCGUGGACACCGCACUGAUGUUGCUCACAUUUUUCCAGCCACCUUUGUUACUGCUGAGAUGGUGCCUCAGAAAUCUGGAACCUGGUUAAUUAGCUGUGAAGUGAACAGCCACUUGAAAAGUGGCAUGCAGGCCCUCUACAAGGUCGACUCUUGCUCCAUGGACGCACCUGUGGACCAACUCACAGGCAAAGUUCGUCAAUACUUCAUUGAGGCCCAUGAGAUUCAGUGGGACUAUGGCCCAACACAGCGUGAUGGGAGAACUGGGAAGAGUUUGAGAGAGGCAGGAAGUGGCCCAGAUAAGUACUUCCAGAAGAGCUCUACCCGAAUUGGAGGUACUUACUGGAAAGUUCGAUAUGAAGCCUUCCGAGAUGAGACCUUCCAGGAAAGGGUACAUCAAGAGGAAGAAACACAUCUUGGAAUACUGGGACCAGUGAUAAGAGCGGAAGUGGGUGACACCAUCCAGGUGGUCUUCUACAACCGUGCCUCCAAGCCAUUCAGCAUGCAGCCCCAUGGCGUCUUUUAUGAGAAAGACUACGAGGGCACUGUGUACAAUGAUGGUACAUCUCACCCUGGCCUGGUAGCCAAGCCCUUUGAGAAAGUAACAUACAACUGGAUGGUUCCACCUCAUGCUGGCCCCACUGCUCAGGAUCCUGCCUGUCUAACCUGGAUGUACUUCUCUGCUGCAGACCCCAUAAGAGAUACAAAUUCUGGCCUGGUGGGCCCUCUGCUGGUUUGCAAGGCUGGUGCCUUGGGUGCAGAUGGCAAGCAGAAAGGAAUGGAUAAAGAAUUUUUUCUCCUCUUCACUGUGUUUGAUGAGAACAAGAGCUGGUACAGCAGUGCCAAUCAAGCAGCUGGUAUGUUGGAUAUCCGACUGCUCUCAGAGGAUGCUGAGGCCUUCCAGGACUCCAAUCAAAUGCAUGCUAUUAAUGGGUUUCUGUUCUCUAACCUGCCCAGGCUGGACAUGUGCAAGGGUGAUAUGGUGGCCUGGCACCUGCUUGGCCUGGGCACAGAGACUGACGUACAUGGGGUCACGUUCGAGGGCAACACUGUACAGCUUCAGGGCAUGAGGAAAGGCGCGGCCAUGCUCUUUCCUCACACCUUUGUGAUGGCUGUCAUGCAGCCUGACAAUCCUGGGACAUUCGAAAUCUAUUGCCAAGCAGGCAGCCACAGGGAAGCAGGGAUGAGGGCAAUUUACAAUGUCUCCCAGUGUUCCGGUCGUCAAGACAGCCCACGUCAACACUACCAAGCUUCUAGAGUCUAUUACAUCAUGGCAGAAGAGUUGGAAUGGGAUUAUUGCCCUGAUAGAAGCUGGGAACUGGAAUGGCAUAACACAUCUGAGAAAGACAGUUAUGGUCAUGUUUUCCUGAGCAACAAGGAUGGGCUCCUGGGUUCCAAAUAUAAGAAAGCUGUAUUCAGGGAAUACACUGAUGGUACUUUCACGACUCCUCAGCCAAGGUCUGGACCAGAGGAGCACUUGGGAAUCCUGGGUCCACUUAUCAGAGGAGAGGUUGGUGAUAUCUUAACUGUGGUGUUCAAGAACAAUGCCAGUCGACCAUAUUCUGUACAUGCCCAUGGAGUUCUAGAAUCUAGUACUGGCUGGCCACAGGCUGCUGAGCCUGGUGAAGUCCUUACUUACCAGUGGAAUAUCCCAGAAAGAUCUGGUCCUGGGCCCAGGGACUCUGCUUGUGUUUCCUGGAUUUAUUAUUCUGCAGUGGAUCCCAUCAAGGACAUGUAUAGUGGCCUGGUGGGACCCUUAGUCGUCUGUCGAAAGGGCAUCUUGGGACCCCAUGGAGGUCGGAAUGAUAUGGACCGGGAAUUUGCCUUGCUGUUUUUGAUCUUUGAUGAGAACCAAUCUUGGUAUUUGGAGGAGAAUAUCGCAAUUUAUGGGCCCAGAGAGACACACCAUGUUAACCCACAGGAUGCGACUUUCUUGGAGAGCAAUAAAAUGCAUGCCAUCAACGGGAAACUCUAUGCUAAUCUCAGGGGUCUUACUGUAUACCAAGGAGAAAGAAUAGCCUGGUACAUGCUAGCCAUGGGCCAAGAUACUGACAUUCACACUGUACACUUCCAUGCAGAGAGUUUCCUCUACCAGAAUGGACACAGUUACCGGGCAGAUGUUGUGGAUCUCUUCCCAGGGACAUUUGAGGUUGUAGAGAUGGUAGCCAGCAACCCCGGGACAUGGCUGAUGCACUGCCACGUGACUGACCAUGUUCAUGCUGGCAUGGAGACCAUCUUUACUGUCUUGUCUCACAAAGAACAUUUAAGUACUAUGACUACCAUUACCAAAGAAAUUGGAAAAGCAGUAAUCCUAAGAGACAUCGGAGGGGACAAUGUGAAGAUGCUGGGCAUGAAGAUUCCCAUAAAGGAUGUUGAGAUUCUGUCUUCUGUUUUGAUUGCCAUGUGUGUAAUACUGCUUCUUGUUGCUCUGGCUCUUGGUGGUGUAGUCUGGCACCAGCAUCGACAAAGAAAGCUUCGGCGCAACAGGAGGUCCAUCCUUGAUGAUAGCUUCAAGCUUCUGUCUCUCAAGCAGUAAUAGAAAACACAUCUGGAAUGUAGCCCAUGCUCCCAGGAAGCCAUAUGCUAGCAGCAAACUCUUUUGUCAAGGGGUAGAGGUAGUGGAGAAGCAGAGAAUGGAAUCAAAAUUAUCUGGAUAUUUCUUUAUUUAUUUACAUGGAAAUCAUAUGCUCUCACUUGUUCUUUAUUUUCCUUGCAAUCUGAGGCAGUUAGGAUUAGGUAAGUUCCUUUGUAUACAAACUUCAGCAGCUAGGGUGUGUCACCCUUCAGUACUGGAAGGUACAGAAAUUCCUAGAACAUAAUCGUUCUCACAGAAUUGGUACCAAGAAAAAGGUACCAAAUUAGGUUUCUAUUUCCAGGACCUAACAAGACAAGUAUACUUUUAAUUGUGGCCAAAUGAUCAGCCACAAAGUUAACCCACAAAUAAAUAAAGGACCAAGAACAUAGGCAUGCUGGAAAAUGAAAGGUAGGGUAGGGAGUGGGAAUCCAAAUCACACUUUAAUUAUCUUUGGCAGUGGACUAUUUAGGAGAAGUAAAUGAAAAGGUUGGGGUUGUCACAAGUGCCUACAACUUCUGGAACCAGAAACACCUGUAAAACUGUCCUUCAGGUUUCUACAUAGUGGUACUGUAGGGAAUUUUGAAUGUUCGCUCAAUGUUUGAGGUAGCAAAUCUUGUCCACUGAAGUACUUAUUAAAAGACUGGAAUACUGAAUUUGAUGAUUUUGGUGAUUCCCAUGGCAACUGGGAGGUUGAAUUACAUUUUAAACAAAAGAAUUUCAGUGAUCUGGUGAGGCACAUUAUAAAUAUAUACACUUUGUCAAAGUAAGCCUGCAUGUCAGGCAGAGUGGUAACAUCCUAGAGAAGUUUUGUGGGUGCUAAACAUUUUUGGAAUGUCAAGAAAAAUGGCCAGAGAAGGUACAGAGACAAGACUGAUACCUGUCCACUGGGCAAAAAGAGAUAGGUGCAUGCAUGGUGCUUUGAUAGAUGGGGAUGGGUAUGGGACUAUGAGAGGCAUGUUUGCAAUUUGUGAACCUCUUUAUAGAACAGAAUCAUUCCUUCCUUACCUUACAGCAAUAUCCCUUUGUUACCAGCAUGUUCAAUCCUCUCUGAAACUUUGAUCAGAAAACACAGACAAGAAAAUAGGAAUGGAGUAAGACAGUCCAUUCCCACUCUAGUUUCCACAUGGCAAAUGGAGAACAGAAGGGCAUCAUGGAGAGUCAUGAUAAUAGCAAUGGUAUGGGAAUAUAGCUUAGUGGUAAAGUGAUUGCCUAAUAAAAGAGUCCCUGGGUUGAAAAAAAGAACACAAAGGAAACAGAACAGAAAACAAGGUAAUAACAAAGGUGCACAGUGAUCUUCUUACACAUAGCAAAUAAUUCUAAUUCCUGAUUGGAUUGGACUUGCCUUGGUUCAUUAAAAUGGAGAUUAAAUGAUUUUACUGAGGGUGACUCAGCAGCAAAUUGAGUGGAGACUCAAAUUUUCAUCUCUUUGAUCCCAAAAAGGUUCUAUUCUCCCUUUGUCAUGGAAACUUUACUGUUCUUUGUCUUUCUUACCCACUUGAUUUCAAAUUGUGAGGUUGCCUAGCAACUUGUUUACUUAGUUAGCAACCCACAGAGUUCGUUUCCAGUUGCCAUAGGAUGUUGCAGGUUGGAGGCCAGAGAUGAAAAUAAAGACCAGAAUAAGGCAUUUUGUUCGUCCAUGGUCAGUGGCUUUCUGGAAAAUUUCUGGAAAUCUGGGGAAAAUAGAUGUGGAGGAACAUAUUAAUUACCCAUUAUCCUGUUAUAGAAAUAAUAUGCCUUCUCAGUGAGAAAUCACUCUACACACUUAGAGAUAAAGUAAAGGCUCUUAACCACAGUGCACAUGGCUGACUGUGGCUAAUGCCCAAAUAAGAGUCAGAAAUGAAUGGAAGAUUUUACUAACUUAUAUACACCUUAGGCUUAUGCAUCCCACAAACACUGUCAUCCUAAAAUCUUUUUCUCUACUGGCCCAAGGUUACACUUUGAACAAUUUAAACAGUCAGGAGACUUCAAGUCUGGCCACUUAGGCAGAUAGGAGAUUUAUAUAGCACAGAUAUCACCAUAAUUAUUUUUAGGUAUACCAGUGUUAUUCCUUUUUGAGUAGUUGUUACCCGGGGUCAUCCUUUCUACAUAGCAGACUUGUGACAGAGCAAGAUGGUACAGAGGUUCCUCCAUCUUAUAUUCUUGUGGAAGCUGUUUUAGGUUUGACUAGAAUUUGAUCUCCUUCAUGGAAAGCUCUGUGGAAAAUUACUGAACUCUAGCAACCUGAAUUCAAGAUGCUCCAGCUAAUUUAUCUUGGCUUCUGUUAAACUGCCUGCUUGUGCAAACCUCCCCCUCCAUCUAAUUGCUUAUCUCAGCUUCUGUUAAACUGCUUGCUUGUGUAAAACCUCCCUCUGCAGCUGCUAAGUGAGAUAGCAGGGUAUAGUUCUACCUUUAAAAACCCCUUACUCUAAAUUGUCAGUGCUAUUCUGGGGUCCUGAAUACCUGAGUUUAGUCCCAGCUGGCUGGAAUAAAGACUUUCAACUGGA